AUGCCCAAGUACGUCCAGUUCGCGCCGACGACGACGGCGCGGGAGUACGCGCUUGGGUUCGUCGAUGGCGUCGUUCCAUUCUCGGGCGCCGGCAUCGGCUUUGCGGGCUACGAGUACGUCGAGGUCACGCGGCCGCUGGUCGCGCAGGCGGAGCGACGGCCCCACGCGCUCGCCGACACGCAGAAGGUCCAGCGCGUCUACGACCAGCCAAUGCUGCCGCUGGCCGACGUGGCUACGAUCGUACGUCUCAUGGUCGCGUCCGAGACAAGCCGCGCUCAGCGCGCCUGCACAAACCGGUCCAUGGACGAUCGAUCGACUCUUCGCGUGGACCGAGAACCCGGGCAAGAGAACUGGCCGUCCAAUCGUGUGCGCCAGGCGACGCUCGCGGUCUGCCUCCGCGCUUCCUCGCCAGAGACGGAGACAACAUCGAAGAAGCGGAAGGCUUCCACCGACGAGACACGUCUCGCGAAGCGGCCAAAGCUCGCCGAGGCCGAUGCGAGCUAUCGCUGCGCGAUCCAGUAG